AUGCUGAAUAGGAGUUUUUUUUUUCACAAUUCUAUUUAUACACUCGUUUACCGUUCCAAUGAACAGGUUUUUACAUCUGUGAGUAUUAUACAUAGAACAUUUCACGUUCAAACAUCAACUAAUUGGGUAAAGAAUGGAUUGUUUUUGAGUGGUUUUGAGUCCAGGUUUUAUUCUUCUAGAGUACCCGGGGCAACCUUAUCUUCUAAGGCGUAUUUAAACUUCGGUGAAGCAACUAAAGGCGGUUUUGGCGCCAAUUUCAAUACAACCCGUAAAUUUUCGUCUAAGCCAUAUAAUAAAGACGAAAUUGUUCAAUUAGGAGGUAAACUAGUAAGUAUAAAAACCGUAAUAAAGUUACCCAUCCUUUUGGUUAAAUGGGCACUCAUUAUACCAUUUAGAAUUUGCAGAUGUUUCUUCAACCUUAUAUCGGUAUGCUUUAAAUCUUUAAACAAGUUAGCGCGUUUUGCUGCAAGAGCGGCUGUUGUAGAGAAGAUUAGUGGUGUGUCGGGAAUCUUCAAGAGUAUAAUAGGCGGUAUUAAGCAUACAAUUCAUUGGUGUAAAACUGGAUCAAAAUUGUAUGCGGCAAAUGUGAGAGUGUCCUAUUACAUUCUCAAAAAAUGGAUACGUGGUCACCCUGUAAGAUACAAUGAAAGAAAAUUGCUCAUGAAAACACUAAAUGAUGCACUCAAGUUGGUUCCAUUUUCUUUCUUCAUUAUAGUACCGUUCGCUGAAUUUUUGUUGCCGGUCGUUCUCCGGUUUUUCCCUCAAAUGUUGCCUUCUACAUUUCAAACACCAAAUAAGGACGAUGAUUACUUGCAGAAAAAAUUAAAAGCCAAGAAAGAAUUGGCACAAUUUUUUCAAGAACUUGUUCAGGAACGUACAAAUCAAAUAUUGCAGGAAGAACUUGAUUCAUCGUUGCGAACAAAGGCUGAAGCUCUCAAACAAUUUCAGGAGCGUCUUCUCAACAAGAAUGAUUUGGAUGUAAACCCCUUUUUGAGUGCUAAUGAAUUGCUUGUAUUUUCUAAACUCUUUAAGAAGGAGUUUGUAUUAGAGAAAAUGAGUUUAGAAACCCUAAAGGUGAUGUGUAAAUUACUUGGGAUCACUCCAUUUUCCAUGCGUAUGCAUGUUGUACUUCAACUAAGGCAUCAUUUGUUAAAAAUACAAAGGGAAGACAGGUUAAUUAUGUGGGAGGGAGUCGAAAGUUUGACCAUGGAAGAAUUACAAGAAGCGUGUAAAGAGCGUGCUAUGAAAUUCUACAAUGUCACCAAGGAACAGAUGCAACAACAACUACAACAAUGGUUGGAUUUGUCUAGUAGAAGAGAGAUACCUUUGAUUCUUUUACUUUGGAGCAGGUGUAUCACCAUGACACAUGAACCAAUGUUCAUUAAAGAUGUAGACUCCGCAAUUGAUGAUGUCACAAUUUCUGACUCGAACAUAUCAGCAGAUUCGAAGCCGACGUUUGCAGAUUCUAAAAGCGAAAUUUAUGAUACGAAAACCUCCGGUUAUGAUGAUGAAAAAAUUAAAAAGGGUAUUAAGAAUGUGGUUGGUAAAAACAAGGUAGUACAAGGUGUGGUAGAGGCAGCCGAAGUAGAUGUAGAGCAUCUACAAGAUCGUGUGGAGCGUUUGGAGGAAUUAUCACAGAAAGCAAAAGAGCUUAAGGAUAUUAUCGAAGGAAAUAUAAAAGAGGAGGAAGUUAUUUCUUCGUUUGAAAGUAUUCAAGAUGUGCCUACGAAGGAGCAAUUUAUUCAGAACCCAGAAAUAUUAGCCGACAGUUUUGAUUCCUCAAUACACACAAAUGCUGCAAAGAAACUUGGAUUAUUGAAUAAGGAAGAACUCAUUUCACGUCAUCAGGAACUACUAUCUGCUCUUGACGUGCAAAUGCAAAUUAGUGAUUUACAAUAUGACCAAUUAACCGAGUUAUUUUCUUAUCUCGUUAAAAUAAGCGAAGCCGCAAAUGCAGUUGAUCCGGUUAUGGUAAAGCAUGAAGAUUUGAAACUUCUGCUUGAUUCGACCAGACAAGAAUUUUUGAAAAUUGAAGAAUUGUCUCACAAAUUCCAAAAGAUUUCUCAGAACUUGGAAUAACUGUUAUUUUAUUUUUUUUGCACCUAUAAUAGAUGCGUAUGAUACCGAAG